AUAUUGCCAUUUCCAGAACUUGCAACUUAGUGAACCUGACACUUCUUGUGAAGUGGGAGUAUACCCUCUUCUUUGCCUUCAAUCGAACCAGUCAUGGUAAAAUUGGCUAACGAGCUGUUGGGGAGCCUAGUCCCGCGUGCUACAGAAUGUGAGCCAAGAUGGCGGCGCGUCUUCAAGUUAGAAGACUUGCCGUGGCUAGGGGAUUACCAUAUAAACAAUCAAACCGUUAUCCCUACGUCUAUGGUUUGCGUGAUGGCCCUUGCGGCCGCCAUUGAUAUUAGCAAUGGUAAACAAGCAGACAGUAUCGAGCUCUCUGACGUUACAAUCGGACCACCGAUCCUCUUAGAAACAUCUCCAGUGGAGAUUGAGACCUCGAUCACCAUAGAACCUGGUAAUGAUGGAGUUAACUCCAUCCAGGCAGAUUUCAGUCUCAAGAAGAGCGCCGCGCAUGACGAAACCACGGCCACUGUAGCCAGGGGACGGUUACGCAUGACUUUCGCAGACCACGAGUCAGAAUUAUUAUCCUCCUCCAGACAAACCAAGCCGUGCGGGUUGAGGCCUGUGAACAUCAACCAAUUCUAUGGUUCCCUCAGCGAAGUAGGCCUGAGAUACAGUGGACCUUUCCGAGCUAUAACGUCUGCUGAAAGGCGUAUGGACUAUGCAUCCGGUGUCCUUGCGCCGACGAUUGAGGAAGCACCAAGUAUAUCAAGCCUAUUUCGCCCAGCCAUACUGGAGGCCUGCUUCCAGACACUUUUACUUGCCUUCGCCGCCCCUCGGGAUGGUUCAUUAUGGACGAUUUUCGUGCCUACACAGAUCGGUCGACUGACGUUAUUUCCGAAUUCGUCCGUCGGCAUCAAAACACCAGCCUCUGUAGCUAUCGAUACGCACCUAUAUGAAUAUACUGCAGGGUAUAAAGCAGAUUUACCCAUGAUCAAAGGAGACGCCAGCGUCUACAGUUCAGAGACUGGGCAGUUACAGAUACGCCUCGAAGGCCUCACGAUGAGCCCCAUAGCUCCCUCUACCGAGAGGCAAGACAAACGGCUGUACUUGAAAAAGACAUGGCUGCCAGACAUUCUCUCACGCCCAGUGCUCGAGCAAGGGAAGCUAGUCUCUUGUUACGAAAGCUUGGGCCUGUCGCACGCUCAUACAAGUAUACUGGUGGCAACCAGACUGCUCUCGCACCGCUACGCGAAGUUGAAAAUUCUCCAGAUUGGAGCCUCUUCUAUCAAAUUGGUACGAGCUUUGUGUCAUGAGCUGGGAAACGCCAUGGGCUCAUACACGAUUGCGGAUGCAUCGGGCAGGGCCAUAGAAGAUAUGAGGCGGAGGUUGAUAGUGGACGACUUACCUAUCCAGUUCAUAGUCCUCGACAUUGCAAGGGAGGCUGAAACGUCUGACGAAUCAGCCUCCGUUGGGCCAACCGACCUCGGCUCUUUCGACUUGAUCAUUCUUCUGGGGCCUCCACAGAGGAUCGAUUUAUUGCAGAGGGACCCAGAAGGCGAUUCGCCUUUUGCGGUCUUGUCACAGGCCGUCGAUAAUCAAAUCAGCUUUCUCAAAGCUCCGCUUGACUCAACACCACCCUUUCCUAGUAGAGGGACGCUUCUUAUUAUAGGUGGCAUCUUGCACAAUAUUGAACAGCUCAUCCAGACGAUCCAGAGAAGAUUAAGAUGUGUCUGGGCUGGGGAGGUCAUCAUAACUAGGUCCCUGGCCGACUUGAAGACCGUGGACCUUGACCAAAUGGAAGCUGUGCUUAGCCUGACCGAGCUGGAUCAGUCAGUACUGGAAAGUCUCAGUCGCGAUACCUUUGAAGGCCUACAUCAACUGUUAAACAAGUCCAAGAUAGUCCUGUGGGUCACUUACAGCGCAGGAAAUCUAAACCCCCACCAAAGCGGUACAACUGGACUGGUUCGAGCCGUCCAGGCUGAAAACCCGGACAAGGUUCUGCAGCUCCUCGAUUUGGAUCAGAUUGAUGGCAACGAGUCUCUUGUGGCGGAGAGCUUCCUGCGGCUUAUCGGGGACUCAAAUAGGUUGUGGACUGUCGAACCGGAGCUCUCUGUCCAAGGGAGGAGAAUUUUCAUCCCGAGAGUGCUUUUCGACAAGAAGCGCAACGAUCGUCUUAACUGUUUACGUCGGAAAGUGAAAGCAACAGAUUCCUUUGAGACACAGUCCGCUCUUGCUCGUCCCAUUGAUCCUUCCGGUCUUUUCUCGCCGAACAGGACGUAUGUUCUCGUCGGUCUGAGUGGGCAGGUGGGCCAAUCUAUCACCAGAUGGAUAGUACAGAGUGGUGGGCGCCAUGUUGUCAUUACAAGCCGGAAUCCUAACAGGGACGAAACCUGGACAAAAGAGCUAGAAAGUCAAGGUGCCAACAUUGUGAUCAAGGCAGCUGAUGUUACCAACAAGCAAGACAUGAUUAACCUCCGCAAGCAGAUCCUUAGUGUGGCAAACGGCGCAAUGCUUCAGUUGAAUUGUUCCUUCUCUGAUCUGACGUACGACGCCCUACAGGAAGUUCUAAGGCCCAAGGUGGACGGUUCUCUGGUCCUCGAUGAGGUAUUUUCUUGUGAUACUCUUGACUUUUUUCUUUUGUUGUCGUCCAUCUCGGCUGUGUUCAUGACCGGCUUGGUGUUGCAGAGACGAGUUCGCAACCUCCCUGCGUCGGUGAUCAACCUUGGCCCGAUCAUAGGGCUCGGAUUCAUUCAAAAUAUAGAUAGCAGUGGUGGUUCGGAGUCUGUGAUUUCUACAUUGAGAAGUCUGGAUUAUAUGCUUGUCUCCGAGCGUGAGCUUCAUCACAUAUUGGCCGAAGCGAUCCUCAUCGGCAAGAGCGAUGAGACUCCGGAAAUCAUCACCGGGUUAGAAACGGUCUCGGACAAUUCCGCGCCUUUCUGGCACAAGAGCUUGCUCUUUUCACAUAUCAUAUAGGAUUUUAGCUGCUCCACUGAACAUGGGCUUUGUAACAUAUUGCAGUUUCA